AAUCCCUUUCUGAGCCCUUAACGGCCUCGCAAGAAAUAACAUUGACAGCGUUGGAACUUCACUUCCCAGCAAGCCCCGCGGCCUCCUGUCGCGCGAGGCACGACGGGCACCUCGCCCCAUUCUCCUCUCCGCUGGAGCUACCCGGCUUAGGAGGGAUACGGCACAGCCCGACGUAAGGGCGCGCGGCAUCCUGGGUUGUGUAGUCUGGCCCGGACUCGGACGCUCCCUCGGAUGAAUGGGGCCCGGGCUGACUGGGAACUACGCUCUUCGGCCGGCAGCGUUGGUGGCGGCCGCCGGGGACGGGGAGACCGCAGCGGCCCCGGGGGAGAGCAGCGCCCCGGGACAGUGGCGAUGUUCUGUGCCGCGGCCGAGGCAGCAGCCCGGCUUCCUGGGGUAGCGGUCUAGGCGGGCGCUUCCUCUGCGCGCUCGCUCCCCUUCCCCUGCACCGGCCAUGCGCCCGGCCUUCGCCGUGGGCCUGGUGUUCGCAGGCUGCUGCAGUAACGUGAUCUUCCUGGAGCUCCUGGCCCGGAAGCAUCCAGGAUGUGGGAACAUUGUAACAUUUGCACAAUUUUUAUUUAUUGCUGUGGAAGGCUUCCUCUUUGAAGCUGAUCUGGGAAGGAAGCGGCCAGCUAUCCCAAUAAGGUACUAUGCUGUCAUGGUAGCCAUGUUCUUCACCGUCAGCGUGGUGAACAACUACGCCCUGAACCUCCACAUUGCCAUGCCCCUGCAUAUGAUAUUCAGAUCUGGUUCUCUGAUUGCCAACAUGAUUCUAGGAAUUAUCAUUUUGAAGAAAAGAUACAGCAUAUUCAAAUAUACCUCCAUUGCCCUGGUGUCUGUGGGGAUAUUUAUUUGCACUUUCAUGUCAGCAAAGCAGGUGACUUCCCAGUCCAGCUCAAGUGAGAAUGAUGGAUUCCAGGCAUUUGCAUGGUGGUUAUUUGGUAUUGGGGCACUGACUUUUGCUCUUCUGAUGUCAGCAAGGAUGGGUAUUUUCCAAGAAACUCUGUAUAAACAAUUUGGGAAACACUCCAAGGAGGCUUUGUUUUAUAAUCAUGCCCUUCCACUUCCUGGUUUCAUCUUCUUGGCUUCUGAUAUCUGUGACCAUGCAGUUCUGUUCAAUAAGUCUGAACUCUAUCAAGUUCCCGUCGUUGGUGUGACCGUGCCCGUCAUGUGGCUCUACCUCCUCAUGAACGUCAUCACUCAGUACGUGUGCAUCCGGGGUGUCUUCAUCCUCACCACAGAAUGCGCCUCCCUCACCGUCACGCUCGUCGUGACUCUACGCAAGUUUGUGAGCCUCAUCUUCUCCAUCCUGUACUUCCAGAACCCUUUCACUUUGUGGCACUGGCUGGGCACCUUGUUUGUCUUCAUUGGGACCCUAAUGUACACCGAGGUGUGGAACAACCUAGGGACCACAAAAAGCCAGCCUCAGAAGGAGGACAAGAAGAACUGAGGUCUCCCUGGAAUAGAGAGACCAGUGUCGUAGUGAGCGAGGGUCUGGCCGCCAUUUCACUUCUGUUAAUGCUGAAUUACCCCCAAGUAUUGAACCAACCAGGUACCAGAGGAUCCUCAGGAGGAGGGGACUUCUCAGAUAUCUCAUAGCUAUACAGACCAAUGUGUGUGGCCUCCGAAUAGAAAGUCCUCAACCCUGAAAUAGAAAAAAGAACAGUCUCUACUAUU